AUGGACGUCCAACUCCCAUCCGUCUCAGGACUCCUCUACGUAAACUCUAAGAUCACAUCCUCAUCCUUGUCCGCCGACCUCUUCACCCGCUGGUACGAAGAUGUACACAUCCCAGACAUCUUCGAAACCUCCGGCAUCAAAGCCGCAUAUCGUUAUCAAUCCACGACCCCCGACUCCGUAGAGCGGCCAUAUCUUGCUCUGUAUCCCUUGAAAGAUCUCACGUUUCUGCAGACGGAGGAGUUCAAGAGCAUCCCCGUUCAUUCGGAAAUCCUGCCAGAACCAAGUCACGCGGUUUUCGAUGUAGCGGAUUUUGAUACUAGGUACUACAGCCUAGAGAAAUCGUUUACCAGCCCGAAGGAGUCCAACAGAGGACCUGCGAGGUUCGUCCUUUCCGUUGGUCUGCGGCCGUCUAUCCCAGAUGAGGAUGUGAAAGCCAAGUUCGAUAGCUACGAAGCCCUGGCGAUGGGCGUGAAGACGCUGAGAUCAAGAUUAUUGAAGCUGCAAUUCGCGCGGCAGAACAGGUUGCCGAAGGAUGAGAAGAAGUUGGAAGAGCCACCGGGGUGGCUUGUAUUGCACGAGUUUGAGACAGAGGACACGUUAAAGGAGAUGACACAGAAGCUUGAUGGUACUCAUGUUGAUGCGUCCAUUAAAGCCUUUGAGCUAUUGAAGGCAUUUGGUGAUACAGAUGAGGCAUAG